AUGUUCGCGUCUCUCCUGCGCCCGCAAGGCCCGUCGCCCAGUCGCGUCCACGCCCGCCUGCUGGCAUCGCCCACCACUGCCUCGACCCCCAGCCCCAUUGCUCCCCGACGCAUCCGCCUGCAGCCAUCCCAACCCGCGCCGUCCGACCAGCCCGACGACCACUCUGCCGACGACGAGCCCGAGCCCGACCGUGCCGCUCCGUUGCUGCCCAUCUUCUCUGCUCCCCAUCUAGACUCGCUGCCCGUCUACUAUCUCACCCUCGACCUGCGCCUGCUUGUCGCCUCGCGAUGCGAAACCACCCUGACCUGGGAGCAGCUGCGCUCCCCGCAGGUCUCGCAGUUUCUCCUCAAGCCCAUCCAGCAAAUCAUCCACAAUGCCCAUCUCUCGCGCGCCACUCUCUUCGCCCUCAUGGCCAACUGUCUCCAGUUCCGCAAGGAGGCCGACCUCAAGCCCGGCAUCAGCGGCGCCAGCCACACUAGAGCCAUGGUGUGCGAGCUGCUCGCCAUCAAGCUGCUCAAAGAGUACACCACCCGCGAGCUGAUUGACGCCCUGUCCUACGACUUCCACCCCCUGCAAGGCCAGUCGCCUCCGUCGACAAGCAGCGACCUCCACGCUGCCCCCGCCUGGCAUCCCCGGAACCGCGACCACCACGAACUGUUUAAGGGCAUCCGCAUCUCCUGCCUGGAGAUCGCCAUCCGCGCUCAGGCCAAGCGCUUUUUGGCCCAUCCCUUGGUCGUCCAGCAGCUAGAGGCCAUCUGGGCCGGCACAAUCGUCUUUCAUUACGCCGCCGACCAUCUGCACCGCCAGCCCAGCGGUUUCUUGACCCCACGCUCCCAAUACGGCUCGUUCAAUAGUGGUGCAAUGAACGCCUUGAACCAGGCACAUACCGCUUCCAAAGGCGUAGUGAGACGGUCCGCCUCUCUCUAUGAUCCGCGGAACGCCUCGUUGUUCAAGCUGUCCCGCCUGCGCGUCCCACGAUAUCGCCAAUUCCUGUCGACCUGCUCAUUCGCCAUGCUCCUGUUGCUCUUCCUUACCGUCGUCCAGAAGCGCUCGUUCGAACUCGGCUCGCUAGAGCUGAUCUUUUGGUUUUGGAGCGCCGGCUUCAUGCUGGACGAAAUCGUGGGCUUCAAUGAGCAAGGCUUCAGCCUCUACCUAAUGAGCUUCUGGAAUACCUUUGAUGUCGGCAUUCUUUUUUUGCUAUUUUGUUACUAUUGUCUUCGAUUAUAUAGCGUCAUACUCGUCGAUCACGACAUUGCAAAUACCGCCUACGACGUUUUAGCAACAACUGCCGUUCUCCUAGUCCCCAGGCUUUUCUCCGUUCUAGACCACUACCGUUAUUUUUCCCAGCUUCUCAUCGCGUUUCGCAUGAUGGCGGCAGAUCUCUUGGCCGUCCUUAUCUUAAUCAUAAUUGCUUGCAGUGGAUUUUUCGUCGCCUUCACAUUUUCCUUUGGGCACGGAGACUCUCCCAGCUCUGUCGCCUAUGCUCUUUUCCAGAUGAUCAUGGGCUUUACACCAGCAGCGUGGCAACUUUGGGAUCGCUACAAUUUUCUCGGAAAAGCUAUCUUAACAUUGUUUCUAUUUAUUUGUCAUUUCCUUGUCGUCACUAUUCUUAUUACUGUCCUCACAAACUCUUUUAUGGCGAUUGUGCAAAAUGCAAACGAGGAACAUCAGUUUCUCUUUGCCGUAAACACAAUAUCGAUGGUCAAAUCCGACGCCCUCUUUUCGUACGUGGCACCGACAAACGUUCUCGCCUGGAUCAUUACCCCCUUGCGCUUUAUAAUGCCUUUCCGAAAUUUUAUCAAGCUUAACAGGACUGUGAUAAAGGCUACACAUUUUCCAAUACUCUUCUCAAUAUAUUUCUACGAAAGGGCUGUCCUGUGCUCCGUAGUGUUUGAGCCGACCGAUCUUGUCGAUAGACCAUUUCACCCCAAUCAUGUCAAGGCGGAAAAUAGUAGGUUCGAAGCCUUCACACCUGGAAACACUUUUCGCUUACGGGAGCCUUCUAUUGCAACCCAUCAAAAGGACGAGGCCCUGGAAGAAGUAUUUCGUCGACCAUUUCAGCAAUCCACAAAGAGGCAGAGCACACGUCUUCGAGGCCCACCAAGAUCGGUGGUCAGUGAUUGGAUGCGAGACAUCGGCCCAGAUGGCAUCGCUGCCCCUCCCGAAGAGGAAAACCAUCAUGUGCUUGCGCGAUUAGAACAGCGCCGAAAAAUCCGCUUUCCGGGCAGGCAGAGACGGCUCAAAGAGACGAGAUUUGGUGCUCCCUCUAUAGGGCGAUCUGCUGCUUCAGACCCCGAGGAAUUCUUAACACAUAGGAACACGCCCACUACCAACGAAGAAUAUGGCCAUCCACUCGGCAGACAGCUGACCCGCCAAACAGAUGUAGAAGGCGACGACGAGCUUAGUAGUAACCAGAACCAGGAGGACGAUAUCUCGAGCCGCCACCAGAGUUCCCCUGGCAUCGAUAUGGAACAGCAAGAAACCCUGUUUACCCCCGAAAAUCCUGUACCUGUUAUGUCGCCAAAUCGAACCUCCCGCCCUUCCACAGCUAAACGAUUAUCUCGAAGAAACAGCCCCAUUCGCAGGCCGGUCACACCGCGUCGCCGUCACACCAGGAAUCUGUCCAGUGCCACUGUGCUUUAUAACCCACUUGACCCGUGGGCUGAGAACGACAGUCCGCGCUCCCAUUUGGCAAAGGCAUCGAGCAAGAGCCCGCGGACAAAGAGCGGAACAAACACUCCAAUUUCCCCCAGGGAGCAGAUCAUGCAAGCACGACCACGACCAAUUUAUCCGUUGAAAGCUGAGGCACGAUCUGUUCCUGACUUCAGUGGGACUGGCUUGUUCCACCACAGCCGGGAUCACCGAUCGUCUUUCACGAUGGGCCUUGGCUCUGAUAUCGGUGACAAUAAGGCCGUUGGUGGCGGAUUUGUGGGAGGCGUACCGGCUAGUUUUGCGACGCAGAUGGCUUUUGCCACGGGUGGCCUGCAACGGCGUAAUUCAAAUAACGACCGCCGGGACACCCUGAAUAGAUUGGUUCUGGCAAGAAUGAAGACUCUUGAAGAAAGCUUUCGAGAACUGGUUCAAGAGGUAAAAGACGCCCGUCGACAACAAAAGCCCUUAACGGCUAGCCAGCCAAGUGGAGGACUAAAAGUGAAGGCAUCGCCCGCCGAAAAUAAACAUGGUGGUAAUUCUGAUUUACAGUUUGAUAAUGAUGACUCUUAA